CAAUCUGGGUGCAUAAAAUUUAUCCAUCGAUACACGACCCGCUAUUUGUUGAACAUAUUUUCCGCGCGCACGAAGCAGAUGUGUUUACAAUAUUUUAAUCUACAUCGAUGAAUCAGUUUAGGUUACAUAGAACCAUAGUAUCGUAAUUGUAUAAUAAACUUUGAUCUGCAGGUUGCAGCAACAUUAUAUCGCUGCCGAUAGAAAGCUGUACGAUAAUCGGCCUAUGCAUACAAUGCCCGCUACACCUACUGGACUGAUGAAUUUCGAUUGAAAUAAUUUUUCACAAACCAGAGAAUAUCGAACGUGAUUCGGUGUGACGUUUGCGUUCGCUCCCAGCUUUCGUUUUUCCAUCAUUUUAUCUAUUCUCUUUCUUUCUUCUAUCAGACAGCGUUAGAAAAAUGUAAGAGCGGCGAAAUAGUUAACGUUGAAAGUUAUCGCGAUGACGGUGUAAUAAAUGAUAAUAAAAUUCACGUGUCAGUGUUACAAAAUAACGUGUGAACCGGAUUUUUCUCUAAAAAUAAUUUCGAAUAUUACCUAGUGAGAGAAUGUCAUCAUCGGAAAGAGAAAAUUCCAGUGACUGCGGUUCACUUCAGGUGUUGGUUACGAGGGAAGAAAUGUCGUCGGUGAAAUGUGACGUGAAAGAUACGGUGCGGCGAAGAAUACCGAUAAUAUCUUGGCUACCGUAUUACACAUGGGAUAAAUUACUGCAGGAUUGUUUAGCGGGUUUGACCGUAGGUCUGACGGCUAUUCCCCAAGGAAUCGCUUACGCUAUUGUUGCCGGACUUCCUGCCCAGUACGGUCUCUACAGCGGAUUCGUCGGAUGUUUCGUUUACUUGUUUCUCGGCGGCAGUAAAGAUAUUACUAUAGGACCCACCGCCAUAAUGGCGCUGAUGAGCCAAAGCUACACCAGCCGACUCGGACCCGACGGUGUGGUCCUGCUCUGCUUUUUGUCCGGUUGCGUGAUAUCGGCCUUUGGUAUAUUGCAACUUGGAUUUUUGGUGGAUUUCAUAAGUAUGCCGGUUACGUCCGGUUUCACGAACGCCGCGGCUAUAACCAUAGCGGCCUCCCAAUUAAAAUCUUUGAUAGGAUUGACCGGCGGUGGAAAUAGUUUCAUAGAUUCAAUCAGAGCGGUAAUUGAGAACAUAAAGGACACGAGUUUAUGGGACACCGUUCUCGGGAUAUCCUCCAUCGCGCUACUGGUCGGCCUCAAGCAACUGAGAGGCGACCGUCGCGGAAGUUGGGUCUACAAGAUAAUUUGGGUAUUAUCUCUGGCGCGUAACGCUGUUGUGGUAAUACUGGCUACCGUGUUGGCUUACAUUUUCUACAUAAACGGUAUAGAGGCCUUCAAACUCACCGGGACGAUCGCCGAGGGUCUUCCGCCCUUCGGGUUACCGCCGUUCUCCAUAUGUUACAACAAUCGGACGUACAACUUCGGCGAGACGGUGAGCGAAUUGGGAAGUUCGUUGAUAUCGGUACCCCUGAUCGCUAUUCUCGAGAGCAUCGCCAUAGCCAAGGCCUUCGGUGAGUCUGAAACUAUGGAAAUAAAACUGGAAUCCGAUUAUCCGGUGUUCGCGCGCUUCUGGAUUUCGAUAGUUUUUCCAUGGCACUUUUAUUUUUAUCCUCCGCCCAGCGAAGGGGCGUUCCUUGGACGCCACCCAGGAGAUGCUGGCUCUCGGCGCGUCCAACAUACUUGGAAGUUUUUUUCGCUCGAUGCCGACCACCGGAAGUUUCACGCGUACCGCCGUCAACAAUGCCUCGGGUGUCCAGACCCAAAUGGGGGGAGUGGUGACCGGUGCGUUGGUCCUUUUGGCCUGCGGAUUGCUGACUUCGACCUUCGAAUUUAUACCAAAGGCCGCGUUAGCGGCGGUGAUAAUAGUCGCCAUGUAUUACAUGCUGGAAUUCGAGACGUUCAGGGUACUCUGGCGUACGAAAAAGGUAGAUAUAAUCCCUCUGACCGCGACGAUCGUCUGCUGCGUAUUCCUGAGCUUGGAAUACGGUAUGAUCAUCGGUAUAGCCGUGAAUCUCGUUCUCCUUUUGUAUUUUACCGCGAGGCCCGGCGUCCUCGUGGUCGAAGAAGAGGCCGUACACGGCGUCCGAGUACUCCUCAUCACCCCGAGACAAUCUCUGAGUUUCCCCGCGGCCGAAUACCUGAGGGAAGAAGUAAUCGCCAGAUGCGAAUCGAAGGCCGAAAAUAUACCGGUGAUUUUGGACGGUCGUCACGUUCACAGGAUCGACGCAACGGUGGCGAAAAAUUUGAAAUUUCUCCAAACCGAUUUGGAGUCGAGGAAACAGACGCUGAUAUUCUGGAACUGGAUACCGGAUGUCCGAGCCACCUUGGAAAGUUACGACGUCUCGUUGGCCGAACAUUUUAAAACUUCGCCAACUAUUGGCGACAUUUUCAUCGAAGAAAAUCAAGUACCCGACUCCGUCACAUCGGAAUGAUGUACCGAAAUCUGCACACGAGCAAUCCGGAGUAAAAAAAAGUAGAAUAACAAAAA